GCAACACCGGAGAGGGGAGCUCGCGCGUGGUGAUCCAGGGAUAUCAUCUCUGAUGGACUUGAUUUAAGACAGAAACACGCCGGUUUUCCUCUGAGUAUAACCACUUCGGCGUAAGUUCGGCUACAAGUGCAGUUCUGCGGCUCUUAAAGUGCUCUGAUGAUCUUAAGCACCGGUUUUUUAAUGUGUUUUAUGUGUUUGCGCUCAACAGUGAGGUAAAAUAAUUCGGGCAUUUUUUUUUUUUUAUCCAAGAGUGUCGGCGUGUCUUUUAUCCCGUGGAUGCUGCUGUCGGGGUCGGUGUCUGAGCCCUGCAGGACCAGCCUGUCAUAGGGGCAUCAUGAAUUUUUUGGUUCUUCACAAGUGGAUGAGGAAUAUUUCCCCGGAGAUGCUGCUGCUGGUGCAGAUAUUGUGGCUUUUACCUCUGACCGGAGCGGCUCCAUCUCAGACGACCGAGCAGCUGGACACAGGGGUGGACUGGCUGAGCAAGUUUGGCUACCUCCCGCCCCCCGACCCUGCGACUGGUCAGCUUCAAACCAAAGAGGCCCUGACCAAUGCCAUCAAAGCCAUGCAGAAGUUUGGAGGGCUGAAGGAGACCGGGGUCUUCGACCAAGCCACACUUGGUCUAAUGAAAACACCCAGAUGUUCUCUGCCAGAUGUGUCUGAAGGAGAGGGGACGAUGGGCCGCAGGAAACGAGGCUUGAACCCUCAGAACAAGUGGAAUAAGAGGCAUCUGUCCUGGAGAGUGCGGACCUUCCCUAAGGAUUCAGCCUUACUGGGUAGGGACACUGUUCGAGCCCUGAUGUACUACGCUUUGAAGGUCUGGAGCGACAUCGCACCACUUAACUUCCACGAGGUGGCAGGAAGUGACGCCGACAUUCAAAUUGACUUCACAAAGGCCGACCACGAUGAUGGAUAUCCCUUUGACGGGCCGGGGGGCACCGUGGCACACGCAUUUUUCCCCGGAGAGAGGUUCACAGCUGGGGAUACACACUUUGAUGAUGACGAGGCCUGGACCUUCAGAUCUCCAGACUCUCAUGGGAUGGAUCUGUUUGCGGUUGCGGUCCAUGAGUUCGGUCAUGCCAUCGGCCUGGUCCACACGUCAGCCAUGGAGUCCAUCAUGAGGCCGUACUACCAGGGUCCAGUGGGAGACCCUCUGAAGUACGACCUACCCUAUGAAGACAAGGUCCGAGUCUGGCAACUCUACGGUGUCAGAGACUCCGUUUCCCACACAAAUCGGCCCGGCAUCCCCUCCCAGACGGCUGAACCUCCUGUCCUGCUGGACCUUCCUGAAAACAGAUCCACUCUCCUGCUGGCUCGAGAUGCCCCCGACAGAUGCACCAGUCACUUUGAUGCAGUGGCCCAAAUAAGAGGGGAGGCCUUCUUUUUCAAAGGUAAAGUAUUUUGGCGGCUUACCAGAGAGAGGCAUCUGGUUUCUCUGCGUCCCGCUCAGAUCCAUCGCUUCUGGAGGGGUCUCCCACCCAACCUGGACAGUGUAGACGCUGUGUAUGAGAGGCCAGGCGACCACAAAAUAGUAUUUUUCAAAGGUCUGAAGUACUGGGUAUUCAAAGACAAUAAUGUAGAGGAGGGUUACCCUCGUCCAAUCAGUGACUUCGGCCUCCCCUCGGACGGUGUGGACGCAGCUUUUGUUUGGCUCCACAACGACAAAACCUACUUCUUCAAGGACAACCAGUACUGGCGCUACGACGACCACCUGAGGCGUAUGGAUCUGGGAUAUCCUAAAGACAGCACGCUGUGGAAGGGGCUGCCAACGCACCUUGACGACGCCAUGAGGUGGUCUGAUGGCUCGUCCUACUUCUUCAAGGGGAAGGAGUACUGGCGAGUGCCGGGCAGUGACAUGGAGGUGGAGGCAGGAUUCCCCCGCCUCAUCGCCAAAGACUGGCUCCUGUGCACAGAGAUGCAGUCGGACUCUCCGGACACAGAGCCCAAAAGUACGGAGACAAGAGGCAACGCGCACCAACACCCGGACCACGCAGAGAACGGGUACGAGGUGUGCUCCUGCACCUCGGACACUGCCUCGCCUUUAGGUGCCCGCCCCUCCCCCUCUCCCCUGUGGCUGCUGCCACCUCUCUGGACGCUCUCGCUGGCCCUCCGCUCUGAACUGCUAUGAUGCCAAAGCAGGGGACAAAGUGGCAGUUUAAUGUGGGGGGGGGGGGCCAGUGGACUCAGUCGAAAUACAAACUGGAACAUUUUGUUCAUAUAAAUAUGAAUUGAUUUUGUUAUGAUUUUGUUGUUAUUUAUUUCACAUGCCAUUUGAUGGUCAUUUAAAGCGCCUUGCAGUAUGGGUAAUACAUGCAUAUAUACAUUAUCAUAAUAUACAAGGGAACAUGUAGUAACCAGUCCACUGACUGAGUGAUAAUGCUAACAACGUGCUUUAUAAAUUGCAUUAAACAGAACCACAAGUUCUAUCUCUUAGUUUCUUCUUGAAUGGCUAAACUGACUCAUGUUUGCAAGGGAAGCCUUUUUUGAAAUGUGACUGUUUAUAAAUGUGUUCUCAUCAAAUACACGUGAGUGAUUCAUCCGCACCCCUAAUCUUUUCUUUUUCAUGUACAGAAAGUUGACAGCAGUAAUGAAUGGCAUUGUGGGAUGUAUGAAGGUGAACAGCAGCAGAAGAAUGGCCUCCUGAGAUUUUCUUAUUUUGCAGGUUGAUUUACUAAUCUGCAGUUGGGUUUGAGAAUUAUACUUAAACAUUUAGGGAAAUUAAACACAUUUCAGUAAUAUUCUCAUGUCUGUCUAGGCAACAGGUAUCAGCUGAUAAGCUUAGCUUUGCUCAGUAACUGUAACCUUUCAAUCACAAUAGAAUUAAAUACGUUAUACUGUCAGAAUACUUCAGAAUACCCUUUUUGUCCUUGCACUUAUGUACAAGCAAAUUCCAGUUCGUCUCCUCUCAGCAGUGGAUGGUUAAACAAAUCAAGAUGACAAAAAUAUAUAUAUAUAUAUUAACACUCGAAAAAUGAAAAAGAAUAUAUAGUAAAAAAGUAUUCAGUAAAAUUCAUGAAAUCUGAAUCUGAAAAAUGAUAAUCACUGUCCUGGUUCUUCAUAGAGCUCAUUUCCUUGAAUUCACAUCGGACAGGUUAGAUGUUUCCGACUGUGUCCAUUUCUUAUGCUAAGCUAAGCUAACGUGGCCCUGGCUAUAGCCUUAUAUUUACCACACAUAUAUUAGAAAAGUUUGGAUCUUCUCAUUUAACCCUCCACAAGAAACAGAUAGUAAACUUUCCAAAAUGUAGAGACAGCGAUAUAACAAGCACCUGACACGUAAAACUUCCAGCAAGGCUGCUGAACGGCCUUUAACCUUUCUCCUCUAAAAAAAAAAAAAAAAAAAGGUUAUGUUAACACUUGUGUUUAUUUCUGGUUAUUUAAAGUUAAGAUUGUUUGUGAGCACAGUCAGGUUUUGUGUUUAACAAUCCUAGAAAUAGAGAUUACAUUUUUAAUACAGCCUGACAGGAGGAGCUGCCUGUAAGACUCAAAUCAGGGGAUAGAAUGACAGUCAGGAUAUAGAUACUGUUAGCACGACUGGUGACUGGCACCUCGGCAUGUAUCUAGGCAGACAGGUGAAGAGCACCCUGGGAUGCCGUGUAGAUAGAUUGUUAGGUUUACAGAUGAAUGGCCCCACGGGAUGCUGACAGGAAGACAGAUGAAUGGCAUGCUGGGAUGUCGAGUGCAAGAUGAACGGCAUCAGAGCCGUAAACUGGUGAAGACAGGAGAAUGCCAUUCAGUGCCGCUAUAGGUGAAAAAAGGGCACGACGGGCUGUGAGAAUUAAGAUAAAUUAAUGACUUCCAGCGAGACAUAAAUGAAUCCAAGUUUCUCAAUGUCACUUAAUGCCAUUUGAAAAUUUUAUUCAAUACUUUACCCAGACGCCUAAACUCAACAGCUGCUCAUUCAUGAAGUCAUCGUUUUCAACCCUGGUGCAGAAGCAUUCCCUAAGGCAGUAUUGGUUUAGUUGUAUUUUUGUAUGAAAUACGGAUAAAUUGUGAUUCCACUUUGCAUUCAUUAAAUUAUAGGUCACUGCGCUAUUUUUCCCUCACUGCUGGAUUAUUUCUUUCGAUGAUCUUAGCUCUUUACGAUGAAAUUGACUAGAUUUAUUCUUGCUGAUAUAUUUACCUACAGUUUGAAUAUAGUCACAGAUAUAUUUGAGUUGAGGUGUUCCAUGGUUACUGCAAAAAACCAAGUGGACUGUGUAUAUUCAAUUUGGAGGUGUGUUUUUUAAUGUAAAAUAUUUUUGUAUAAAAAUAAAUGAAUCUGAAUGACUUUA